AUGGUAAAACCGGCUUCCGAGGUCCAAGGCAAGAGCCAGCGCCGACCAGCCCAGAGCGCAUGUGCCUCACGCUGCCCUCCAGCUCCCCCAGCUAACUUCAGUCUCUCAGCCUCCACUCGGCCCCUCCCCAGAUGUGAGGUGGGCGUCCCGCACCCACCGCCGGCCAACGAGACCGAGCACAACAGGCAGGACACACCUCCGAGUGGUCAGCCACGGGGUCGUGGGGGGCUGCUGCUGAGCAAGCCUCCUCGGGCACCUGUCAACGUAACAAGUCACCCCAACACCCAGACGCCCAACCACAAGCCGUGGCUCGGGAGCCGGCAGCCUGAUCAGGAAGGUCCUUCCUCACAAGGCCACCGGGAACCCCCGGGCACAGCCAGCAAGUCCGCCACCUCGGCCACACCUGUGAGUCCUGCCGGAGUCACAGCCGAGAGGCCAGGGAGGCGGGGCAGCGCAGAGAGCCGGGCACGGCCAGGUGAUGACACUCGAGCACCUCCUGGAGACCUGCCCGCAGCUGUGACCCAGAGCAGAAAGAGAACACCAGGCAACGCGGAGAAGCCCUCCUUCCACCAGCCGUUAGAGAAAGGACCCCGCCAGCCCCCCGCCCCCCGCGGAAGGCCGACAGAGCUCCGUCUCAACUCGGGCAGCUUCAACAUUCUAAGUGCAACCACCCAGGCACUCGUGAGCAUCCAGGGCGUUACUCCCCGACAUCCCCCUGCCCCUUCCGGCUCGGCCGUGGUCACUCCAGAUAGGCGACGGAGGCUGCAGCGGCGCCAAGCACCUCCUGUAGGGCCAACGCCAGCCCCGCGCCCCAGCUCCCCGCCGCCGGUCCCCCCAGGGGCCCACACAGCCCUGCCAGCCUUUCUGUUUACGUCCAGAACCCGGACGCUCAUACCCGCCCCACUGCCCAGCACCUGCGGAGCCACCACCUCUGCAGAGUUCCUUCACAAGGCCGACAGCAGCCCGGCAGUGAGCACUCACGGGGUUAGCAGCGAGAACCGAUGUCAGACUGCGCCUCCUUCCUAG